AUGCAUGUCGAUACCGUGCAAGCCAGGUACCGGAUGGAUGGCCCCAUUAUCGCAGCGACCACCGCUGCCCUCGCUGCCGCCACUCAGACCGCCUACAUCGUCACCGACUUCCUGAGGGACGUGCCGCCGGCCCACAGCGAGCUCGAGUCCGUCCUCAUCGAGCUGUUUGACCUGCGCGGCUUCUUCGAGCGUCUCCAGCACAUUGCACCGCCUGACGUCUUGUGUAACCCCCUGAUUGGGGUCACGCGGGGCUGCACCGAUGUCUGCGCCCGGAUCGACUCUUGCCUCGCCGGAAAGGAACUGCUUGCCCACUGCCUUGAUGAGGUUGAGAAUUAUGUCGCAGCAGUCGAAAGCUUGCCGGCUGCCACGCCCGACACGCCUGGUGCAGUGGACCAGCCCCUGCCACCGACGCCAUCCGUCCACACCAUGAUGACCUCCUUCAGGAGGAGGUCGUCGGACUCGAUCGACCGGGCAGAGACGAGACCUUAUUCAGCAACAAGCUCCGAGCUUCAGUCGAUCUCCGAGACUUCGGCCCACUCGCAGCCCGGCGCCGUUCCGGACGAAAGCCUAUCAGACGGACCGGGCCAGGGGCCCCGAAGAUUGAAGCCGUCCCCUCUGCAACUCACUGUGAAGAGCAUGUCAGUUACCGACGUCCGUCCUUCGCAAGGCUAUAGCCUCUUUCCGUCUCCUCCCCCGACCAAGAGCCUGCCACCUAUUCCACCACCCAAAUCACCGUAUAGACGCAAAGGCCCGUCGGCGUCAACAAAUCAAGUGCCCAGUAUCCCCGCCAAGUCAAGGUCGAGGGCUGCGUCCGAGACAACUUACGACUUGAACCGCGACUCGAAAUUCUCGUCGCUGAGCGAAGCAGCUUCGAACCGGUACUCGACAGCCUCUUCACUCGCCAAGCCACCCGUCAGGACGAGCUCCCAUGCGUACGAGCCGCCACUGGCCAGUCCGAAGCCCACAGUUUCCACCGUUUCUGAAGACUCUCCAGGACUUGAGAUCAUCCCAGUAAGGCGUUUAGAGCCCAGUGACAAGGAAAGCGCCCAUGGAGUAUACUCCAUCGACACCUCACCCACAUCCACCGUGCUGGCCAGCCGCCACGGCAAGACCCACGUCAACCUGUGGGACCUCACCUCGGGCUGCGAGCUGAUCACCACCAUCAAGGUCUCCUCCAACGUGCAGGCGCAGCCGCGGUCCCGCGAGAACUUCAUCCGGUCGCACGCCAUCCUCUCCGAGACGCUCAACCUGGUCGUCAUCACCUCGGGCUUCGGGCACACGCUCGAGAUCCACAACUGGGCCAGGCGCAAGAAGGUGCAGAGCAUCAGCGACGCGUACCGGUGGGCGUACGCGCGGCAGGCGCAGUCCGAGUGCUACCCGCUCGCCGCGUACAGGGAGGAGAAGGACACGAUCGACCUGUUCCCGUCGUCGCCGCCGUCGUCCAAGAAGCCGUUCGGCAAGCCCCGGUCCAUCGAGCUCCGCAAGGCCGGGCUGCCCUUCCUGCCCCAGCUCCCCGAGCUGGCCUACUCGGCGACGGGGCCCCUCCUCGUCGCGGCGGCGGGCCCCCGCCCGCCCAGGCCAAACUGCCCGCCGCCCGAGCACGCGGCCCUCCUGAUGGCGUGGCGGCUCGACGACGGCGGCACCGACGGCGGCGCGGGCCCCGCGCACAGGCCGUACAAGUUCCUCAUGCCGGACCGCAGGAAGCACCCGGAGCUGGAGAACUCGCUGGCGCUGAGCCUGGUGACGUACGGCAGCGUGGCGGUGUCGGUGUGGAUCCAGUCCAAGUUCAAGACCAUCGGGCGGCCGGGCAUGUGGCAGGUGGAGCCCGCGGUGGUGACGGAGAGGGUCGUGCUCGUGUGGGACUUCUCGACCGACAGGACGACCACGUACAGGAUCCCCGACGCGCUCAACUGCGUCAGCCCGGACUGCCGCUUCGUGGCGUACUGCGACCCCGGGUCGGCGCAGAGGCAGGGCGCGCUCGUGGUCCUGGACGCCAUGAGCGGGCGCGAGCUGUGGCGGAUGGGCGGUAGCGGUUCCAGCGGGAGCAGCGGAAGGGUCGGGAGCGGCACCGCGUGGGACGGGCGGUCCGUGUCGAGCAGGCGGAGCGGGCGCAGCUCGCAGAGGAGCGGGCGCUCGUCCGAGAUGAGCGGCGAGCCCCAGCAGCAGCAGGCGGCCGGGCUGGAGCAGCUCGGCGGGGACCUGGGCAGGGUGACGGAGCUUGCGUUCUCGGGCGACGGCGGCAGGCUGUUCGUUGGUGACAUUGACGGCGGCGUUGGGGUUUAUGACAUCCGGGAGGGCAUGGGUAUCGGUCGAGAAAAGUCUUUGCAGCAGGAUACCCAUUAUUUUUAA